CAGGCAUCACUGGAAACGCCUUUGCCAUGCGUCACAACUGUAGAGGGUUAGAGCGGAUGUUGACGGAUUAUUUCAAAGUGUCGGCGCUAAUGUUACAUAUCCUGUGAUUUCAAUAUCAGCUUUACUUAAUCGAAUGUCCGACUAACCUAGCCAGUCAAACAAUGUUAACUAGGUUAACUAGCUAGUAGCGCAGAAAUACACCAAAUUAUUGGUAGCAUAACGCUAGCUAGGAAUUAGCCACGAAUGCUGUUUCCAUGGUGAUGGAACUUUACGUUUAACGACAAUUUACUGGCUAACGUUAGCUGUUGAUAGCUUCGAGGAUGUAUAACUUAGCUAUUUAGCGUAACCUAGCUAGUUAACUACACUGACCGCUUUAUUACUAAUGUGAACAGAGAUGUCAUCGGAGUUUCAGCCCUCAGAUCGUCAGACUAUUCCUCUUUCUAGCAAUAAUGGCGCUCACGCUCAAUUACCACCGAAACAUAACGUUACAAAACCAACACAAGCAGGAAUAACUGAGACAAAUGAUGACGCCUCUUCUCGGCUGAGAUUUAACAGCCUGACACUGGAUGAAUUGAGUGAGGAGCUUAAUAGGCGCACCAAGGAAACCCAGAGGCUUCAGGAAGAGGUGGAAAACGCAACCAAAAUAACUUUGGAGAGGUUUGCCUGUACAUAUGGCAUCAACAGCUCACCUGGACAAAGCUGCCACAACCACGGGAGGUUGGAUGUCUAUGACUCACCUGGGAAUACCAUUCUUACAACCGACCAGCAGGCAGUGACUCAACCCCUGGUCUGUAAACUGGGUAGUUUAAACCAAGGGGAUAUCAGCUCUCCUGGAAAGGAGGUGUUUGAAAAUGCAAUAGAAGACUGUCUUCAACAGCUGUCUGACUUGCAGCUCAACAAGACACACAAUCAACCUGAACAAGAGCCAUUCAGUUUUGACAAAGCUAUCGUGAACUUGCAGACUAAGUUGCACAAAGUCCAGAAGGAGAAGGACGACCUGUCCAACCUCAGAUUGAAGGAUUCAAGGAUACACGUUGGUCAGAUGGAAAAGAUGCUGUGCAUGUUGGAGGCGCUCCAAAACAUCCAAAGAGCCGAGGACCAGAAGCUGCAGGAGACGGAGGAGGAGACGUUGGAACUUAACAGGAAAGUAGAGACAUUGGGACAAAAUGUAAAGGAGAUGUACUCGCUUAUAUCUCCCGAGACACAAUGUGGACACAGCGCCAUCACCACUUCUGAUGUCGCCACUAGUUCAAGACUGCUAUCCCCAGCUGCUAAGGUAACUGAGGAUUUUAACGAUGAGACAGACGAGCUACAGGAGAGACUUUUUUUAUCAAAAAAUCUGGGGAGUGAGGAAUGCAGUGGCGUAAAUAAGCAAAAAGAAAGAAUGGAAGACCUGAUUGCAAGUCUUGGCCAGGAGAUGGCGUUGUUGACUGCAAAACUGAGCUCAUCAAAAAACAACAGUGUCAGUUUAAGUGUCAAGUUGGAGUUGCUAAAGAAACUUGCAGAGAGACAGACAUCACUGCACCAGUGUCAGGUCAGUGAACUUGAGUCAACCCUCUGGAGCCAUACAAAUAAGGUUUGUUGUCUGGAGCAGCAGCUCAUUGAGGCUCAGUCCCAGCUGGUGGAUGCCCAAGGAGAGAGAGAGCGAUCUUUACAACAGACAGAGGAGCUUUGGUCCCAGCUUGGCCAACUUAAGAGGUGCGGUGAGCAGCAGCAGUGUGAUCUCCAGGAGGAGGUGAAGGCCCUGAGAGGACAGCUGGAGGCGGCUAGAGAGGAGAAAAGCUGCCUACAGGUCAUGCUGGAGCAGAGUACCCGGGAGGGGAGGAAAUCCCAGGAGCUCCUGGAGGAGAAAAACAAGGAACUCCAGUUUAGGCAGCAAGAAGCUCAGCACCACCUUGCCAGGUUGGAAGAGGCCCAAAGCCGAUGCCAGGCCCUACAUGCAGAAGUAGAGACACUGAGGCAGAGGCUGGGUGACCGAGAGAACAUGAUAGAGAGCAGCAUCCUCAGCAACCAGCUAAACCAGCACAAGCUGGAGAUUCAGCAGCUCAGGGCUGAAUUGGACCGGCAUAAUUCAGACCUGGCUGCUGCAGAGCACGAGAGGUGGCAGCUACAGGCCUCUGUGGCUGAACAAAGUCGGCGUGUCCAGGAGGAAUCUCUGGAGAAAAGACAGCUCACCAUCCAGCUGGAGGUGCAGGGCACGCAGUUGCUCACCCUCACUAAAAAGCACCAGGAGCUGCAACAGCUCCACAGCUGCGAGAACGAGGCGCACGAGGGUGUGGUGCUGAAGCUUCAGAGUCAGCUGAGGAACGCCCAUGACGAACUGGACCAGGUCGGGAGCGCCCUGAGGACCCUGGGAGGAGCUGACGGACACGGCCUCCAAGUAGCCGUGGACAUGCAGAAGGAGAUCACUGCCAGGAGAGAGCAGGUGGACUCCCUGCAGGGCAAAAUCCAACAUUUAGAGGAUAUUUUGGACAAGUUAUACCAGGAGAAGCGCUACCAGAGCCUGGAGAACCAGCGUCAGCUCUGGGAGCUUACCUUCGUCAGGGAGGAGAAGAGACAACUUGGCAACGAGCUGGAGGCCCUACGCUCCAAAGAUAAACAGUUGGGGGAGCGGAUCAGCCAGCUGGAGGCAAUCCUUCACAAGAUGUCGGAGAGCUUUGCGGACUGUCAAGAUUUCAUCCAGCUGCAGGAGCAGGACUUCUUCCGUCUGAAACUCCAACAUGCCUUGGAUUUGAAGGAGCUCCAAGGUCAAAAUUUGCGCACAGCUCUGAAUGUACCUCCACCUGACCUGGACUCCCCAUCUGCACUCACUGCUGCACCCUUCUCCCAGCGUGCCUCCAACACCCAGAUCACGCAGGAGAGCCCCGCCUGGGAACUCGGGUCUCUAGUCAAAGAGUUGCGAGAAGUGAUUUCGGAGAACCGCGGACCACACACAGAUAACAGGAGGAGGUCUGCACCGGAGACAGUCCACAGAACCACGCUCGAGCCACAUUUCCUGAAGGCCGCUGGGCUCAACGGAAAAGCAAUCAACAACAAAUCCUUCAAUGAGAGCCGUGUCAUUUCGAGUCCAGCAACUGCAGCGUGGUACACAUCCUCCCCACAGCUGCUCUCACUGGGCCGCAGGUCACCCGUCCACUCUCUCCUGACCUCUGACCCAAACAGCUGA